GAAACGUAAAUUUAAAAGUUAGUUAAUUCGGUUAUCCAUAUCAUGAGAGAGAGAGAAUGAGACUUGAGUUUUUCUUUCUUGUAAAAAACAAAAACAUAAGACAAAACCUAUAGCAAAUAAAUAACCUUAAUUUAUAUUCUCCCUUUGUAUAAUCCUUCGCCGGCGGACUCUACCGGGUGUUGGCGGCGGAGGAGGUUGUUGCUGCUGUUGUCGGUGGUGGUGUUUUCGGUAUUUUUGCUAUACUAACAACAAUGGCUUCCCAAUUUUAUCCGGACGAUACCAUUCCUCCGUUUAAUGCCACCGCGGUGGCGGUUGAGAAGGACAAUAAGAAUAGUAAAGCCGCCGUUCGAUGGGCUAUCGAUAAUCUCAUGAUUACCAAUCCCUUCAUCAUUCUCAUUCAUGUUAGACAUAAAAAUUAUCGUAGAGAGCACAAGCAGCAGCAACAGCAGCGAAUCGGGAGACUCCGAUGCUCGCAGUGUUUUCGCUCCUUUCCGAGCAUAUUGUGCUCGAAAAGCGGUUGUAUUGAAAGAGGUUGUUCUUGAUGAUUCUGAUGUUGCUAAAGCAAUUGUUGAUUAUAUCAACAAGAAUUGCAUCACUAAUCUUGUUGCUGGUGCAUCUCAAAGAAAUGCUCUUACAAGAAAGUUUAAGAGCAUAGAUGUGCCCUCUAGUAUUGUGAAAUCUGCACCAGAUUUUUGUUCUGUGUUUGUGAUAUCGAAAGGGAAAAUAGUAACCGCGAAAAACGCUCAAAGGCCUGCGCUCAACACCGCUGCCCCGCCUCGACAACCAUCUCCACAAGGAUUGCCACCUUGUGUUCCAAAUGAACAUGGUGAAGUUGAUCAUGGAGCUAGAGCACAACACAUGAAAGGAGGGAUGAAUAAAAUGAUACCAGUAAGAGAGAGGACUAAAAGUGCACCUUCACUUCUAUUGUUGGAUAACAUGGACCUUGUCAACAAUUGCCACAGAUCAUCUUUUGGCCGCGAUUCAAACGCCGAAGAAAGCGACAUUCAAGGCGGUUUUGGUAUGUUUGGAUCAAUGGAUAUCACAGGUCAAAGCUUUGAAUUCAGUACUGCCCCAAGUCCACCAAGACUAUCUGCAUCUAGACUUUCAGCUCAGAGAGAAAUUGAAGCUGAGAUGAAGAGAUUAAAGCUUGAAUUAAAGCAAACUAUGGAUAUGUAUAGCUCAGCUUGUAAAGAAGCAAUCUCAGCAAAAAAUAAGGCUAGAGAGUUGAGCCAGUGGAAGUUGGAGGAGAGUAAGAAGUUUGAAGAAGCAAGGAAUGCCGAAGAGGCGGCUCUUGCAGCUGCGGAAAUGGAAAAAGCAAAGUGCAAAGCUGCACUAGAAGCGGCCGAAAUAGCACAAAAAAUGGCUGAGAAGGAAGCACAAAGAAGAAAACAGGCGGAGAUGAUAGCGAGGCGAGAGGCCGAGGAGAAGAACCGAGCACUGACAGCCUUGUCUAGGAACGAUUUUCGGUAUAGAAAAUACAGCAUAGAGGAAAUUGAAGCUGCAACUGAGAAAUUCUCAGAGUCAAUGAAAAUUGGUGAAGGUGGUUAUGGACCUGUUUAUAAAGGCAAACUUGAUCACACACCAGUUGCUAUUAAGGUGUUAAGACCUGAUGCAGCACAAGGAAGGAAGCAAUUUCAACAAGAGGUUGAGGUUCUAAGCUGCAUUAGACAUCCAAACAUGGUACUCCUCUUAGGCGCCUGUCCAGAAUUCGGUUGCUUAGUCUACGAAUACAUGAACAACGGUAGCUUAGAAGACCGGCUAUGUCAAAGAGGCAACACCCCACCAAUCUCAUGGCGAAAAAGAUUCAAAAUAGCAUCAGAAGUAGCAACAGCACUUCUAUUCCUACACCAAACAAAACCCGAGCCACUAGUACACCGCGAUCUUAAACCUGGUAACAUACUCUUAGACAAAAAUUUCGUUACCAAAAUAAGCGAUGUUGGCCUAGCUCGGUUAGUACCACCGUCUGUAGCUGAUCAAGUAACACAAUACCGAAUGACAUCUGCAGCCGGGACAUUCUGUUACAUCGAUCCAGAGUACCAACAAACCGGAAGAUUAACAACAAAAUCUGACAUUUAUUCCUUUGGGAUCUUACUUCUUCAAAUCAUAACGGCUAAACCCCCAAUGGGGUUAGCUCAUCAUGUUAGUAAAGCUAUUGAGAAAGGAAAUUUUGGUGAUAUGUUAGACCCUGCAAUAACAGAUUGGCCAAUUGAUGAAACUCUUGCUUUUGCUAAUUUGGCAUUGAAAUGUGCUGAGUUGAGAAAAAAGGAUAGGCCUGAUCUUGCUUUGGAUAUUGUACCUCAACUUAAGAGGUUAAAAGACUUUGGAAGGACUACUACUACUACUCAUCCACACAACAAUACUAGUAAUAAUUCUCCUACUUUAUAAUGAUCAAAACUAUCUCAAAAUCACACUUUUUUUUUUUUGUUGGAAAUUUGAAACUAGUGUAUUGUUAUGUAUCUAAAGAAAUAUUUUCAAUGGGGUUUUAACUUUAAUCUUUGUGUUUUUUUGAAUAAUUUCGGUGUAAAUACUUAAGUUUGAUUCUCGGUUACAGAUAAAUACUUAAGUUUAAUUUUUGACAGUAAUAAUACUUAAAUUAUAUUUCUAAAA